AUGACAAGUAUCGCCCCGAGCGAAAGAUCGGUCGAGUCGAGUUUGCAAUACUGGCUUAUAUUUCUCAGAUUUGUUGUUCAAAAGUUGGAGCUACACAAAGAUGUACCCAAUCUUAGUCAGGAUGAUAAAGAGGAACGGAGGAGGUUAUGGUGGGCAACCUAUAUCAUAGAUCGACAUGCGGCUUUGUCAUUCAACGGACGACCGCGAAUCACCGACAAUGAAUGUCUGUUUCUCCCGAUUCCACGCCCUGAUGCAUUAUGGAAUCAGCCUGGCCCAUUACUUCCCCAGGGUCAAAAGCCAGGCGCGCAUGAAACAGUACUUAGCUAUCAUGUUGGGAAUCUGGAUAUGCUAGGGCUUUUCCUGCCUCUUUCAAGGAUUCUGGGCGAAAUCUUGGAAUAUCGCUUCCUUAGCGACCAUUCAACAUUUAACACAUGCCCUGAUCUUUUGAACACGGUGCAAACGAAUAUUUUGCAGCACCUCAGGUUGUGGUAUCAAUCUUUUGAGGCUCUUGUAGGCUCGGAGUUCAGAUCGAUUGCUGAGCCAGAUUGCCAUUCAUGUCCGGUAGCAGAAGUCCCACCAGUGGCCUACUAUGGAUUUCACAUGUACCACUGCAUGUUUGUAUUACUACAUGGUCCAAUGGACGUGGUGCGGAUGUAUCAAGACCUUACAUGGCAGUCUUCUGCCGACUUUCUGACAGCCGGCGAGCAUGCUGUAGCUUGUGCAAAUGUUGCCCGACACAUAUUGCGGAUCGAUCCACAACUGUCUCUGAUGUAUAGAUUCUUCGGGACCUACUUUUUACAGUCUUCAUUCAUCUUUCUCAUUCUGGCACAAAAGCUGGGGAAGCAAUCAGACGACUUGAUCUUACGCAAUUGUUCUAUAAAUCUACAGGUUUUGGACAUGUUUGUAGCUGCGACAAACAUGGACUACCAACGCACGUUUGCCAAGCUCUUGCGCCGGACACUGUCAUUCAAUAUGGCUGAAUCUUCCGGGGAUAUUGCCCCCGACCAUAGUCAAUCGAUGCCAGGAUUUACUGGUGUCCCGCAAUUAUCUUUGGAUCCAGAAAUGCUUCGUUACCGCUGGGCCCCAGGCUAUAAUGGAUUGUGGGUUGGCCCAAUUAGCUGA